AUUUUCCAUCUUAUCAGCGCGGUCACACUGGUUUUUGUUUCUGUACGUUUCGGUUGUGGAUUCCAAUUCGAUCCGUGGCCGUGCGUGGAAAAAAUGCAUAGAUAUAGAUAAGACAGGCGCAAGAGAUCAGAUAUCUAUAUCUCCGCGGAAGAGAGUGCCAGAGGCUUUCGCCUGCGGAUUUGUGGAGCCGUGAAAAGGAGCCCCGAACGAGGGAGUUGGAGCGAGUGAAAGAGAGCGAGCCAGAGCCAGAGGCGGAGGCAGCGAAGACAAAGUGCAUUUUCAGGGCGUGUUUUGUGGCCCCCCCCGCUCGAACACGGCCCCCUCCCUGCCCCCGCACAGCCUCCCACUCGUCGGGCGGCGGCGGCGACAAAUAAAAGUUUGCCACAAACAUGCUGCAAAUUCGCCAAUAACAAAAAUACAAAGUCAAGCGGAGAAACAACAAAUAAAAUCGCAAACUUCCUUUUCUGCGUGAGUGUGCGAGCUGCGUGUGUAAGUGAGUGAGUGUCUCCAAUCUUUUUUGUCUACUCCAAAACGCAGAAAGAGAGAGAAAAAUGUGUGUGCCAGUGUGUGUGUACAAGUGAAGUAAAUUAAAGCAAAGCAAAAGGCAAAACGGCAAAUAAUUGAGCGAAAAAGCAACGGAAAGAGCGGAAAAAUCAAAUAGUAGUAGUAAGCGAAAUAACGGCAAAAGGAGCCGCCAAUCAGAGAGAGGGAGAGAAAAGUGUACAAGUUGUUGUUGCUGCUGCGCAGGAGCGAAAGACAGCGAAAAAACCACCCACAACCCCCUUUAAGGCCACCACCCGCCCACAAAUGGGUGCGCAGCAGGGCAAGGACAGGGGCUCCCACUCGGGAGGUGGCGGGGGCGGAGGAGUUGCCCCCGUCAGCUGCAUUGGUCUCUCAAGCAGCAGCAGCCCCGUUGCAUCCGUCUCGCCGCACUGCAUCAGCCUCUCUGGCUCCGGGGGCAGCAACGCCCCCCUUGGCGGCGGCUCAACGCUCCGUGGCUCCCGCAUCAAAUCCUCAUCCGCCGGACACAGCGGCAACAGUGGUGGAGGAGGAGGCAGCAGCAGUGGAGGAGCAGCGGGCGGUUCUGGAGGAUUGAGCCAACGCAGCGGUGGACACAAGGACCCUAGGUGCAAUCCCUCCGUCGGACUCAACAUAUUUACCGAACACAACGGUACGAAGCACAGCUCUUUUCGCGGCCAUCCAGGCAAACACUUAGAGGCCCUGCUGCAGUCGCGUCCAUUACCUCACAUUCCGGCCGGAAGCACAGCGGCCUCUCUUCUGGCGGAUGCGGCAGAGCUCCAGCAGGAUUCCGGCGGAGUUGGUCUCCAGUGCUCCUCGCUGAGCGGUGGCCACAGCUCAACCACAUCGGUGUUCGAGUCCACGCAUAGAUGGACCUCUAAGGAGAACCUGCUGGCACCCGGCCCCGAAGAGGAUGAUCCCCAGCUGUUUGUGGCCCUAUACGACUUCCAGGCCGGUGGCGAGAACCAGCUGAGCCUAAAGAAGGGCGAGCAAGUGCGCAUACUCAGUUACAACAAGUCGGGCGAAUGGUGCGAGGCGCACUCGAACUCGGGCAACGUGGGCUGGGUGCCCUCCAACUAUGUGACGCCGCUCAAUUCGCUGGAGAAGCACUCGUGGUACCAUGGACCCAUCUCCCGCAAUGCUGCCGAAUAUCUGCUGAGCUCCGGGAUUAAUGGCAGCUUCCUGGUGCGUGAGAGUGAGAGUUCGCCGGGUCAGAGGAGCAUUAGCCUGCGCUAUGAGGGUCGUGUCUAUCACUAUCGCAUCUCGGAGGAUUCCGACGGCAAGGUCUUUGUCACCCAGGAGGCAAAAUUCAACACCCUAGCAGAGCUAGUGCAUCAUCACAGUGUGCCACACGAGGGUCAUGGCCUGAUCACACCGCUUCUGUAUCCAGCGCCCAAGCAGAACAAGCCCACCGUCUUCCCGCUGAGUCCCGAGCCUGAUGAGUGGGAGAUCUGCCGGACGGACAUUAUGAUGAAGCACAAGCUGGGUGGCGGGCAAUAUGGCGAGGUCUACGAGGCGGUGUGGAAGCGUUACGGCAAUACAGUGGCUGUCAAGACCCUGAAAGAGGAUACCAUGGCCUUGAAGGACUUCCUGGAAGAGGCUGCCAUCAUGAAGGAGAUGAAGCACCCCAAUUUGGUGCAAUUAAUAGGUGUUUGCACCCGUGAGCCACCUUUCUACAUCAUCACCGAGUUCAUGUCGCACGGCAAUCUGCUGGACUUUUUGCGCUCCGCCGGCCGCGAAACCCUCGAUGCGGUGGCGCUGCUCUACAUGGCCACGCAGAUAGCCUCCGGAAUGAGCUACCUGGAGUCGCGCAACUAUAUCCACCGGGACUUGGCUGCCCGCAAUUGUUUGGUGGGCGACAAUAAGCUCGUCAAAGUGGCAGACUUUGGACUGGCACGCCUGAUGCGCGAUGAUACGUAUACGGCGCAUGCCGGUGCCAAAUUCCCCAUCAAGUGGACAGCGCCAGAGGGAUUGGCGUACAACAAGUUCAGCACCAAGUCGGACGUGUGGGCGUUCGGGGUGCUGCUGUGGGAGAUUGCCACGUAUGGGAUGUCGCCGUAUCCGGGCAUCGACCUGACCGACGUUUAUCACAAGCUGGAGAAGGGAUAUCGCAUGGAGAGGCCGCCUGGUUGUCCCCCGGAGGUGUACGAUCUGAUGCGCCAAUGCUGGCAGUGGGAUGCCACCGACAGGCCCACAUUCAAGAGCAUACACCAUGCGCUGGAGCACAUGUUUCAGGAAUCGUCCAUCACCGAAGCGGUGGAGAAGCAGCUGAACGCCAAUGCCACCACCACCACCAACGCAGCCAGCGUGAGCAGCAGCUCCGCACCGAGCACAUCGGGUAUAGUCACUGGCGGAGGAGCCACCACCACAACGACGGCGGCCAGCGGCGGUGCCUCAACAUCCUCCGCCACCGCAUCGCUUAGUCUCACCCCGCAGAUGGUGAAGAAGGGUCUGCCCGGCGGCCAGUCUCUCACGCCGAAUGCCCACCACAACGAUCCGCACCAGCUGCAAGCCAGCACGCCCAUGUCAGAAACCGGCUCCAGUUCCACCAAGCUGACCACCUUCUCCAGUCAGGGCAAAGGCAAUGUCCAGAUGCGGAGGACCACCAACAAGCAGGGCAAGCAGGCGCCGGCUCCGCCCAAGCGAACCAGCCUCCUUUCGAGCAGUCGAGACUCGACAUAUCGCGAGGAGGACCCGACCAGCGCUCGUUGCAACUACAUCGACGACCUCAGCACGAAUGGUAUACACAAAUUGAAAACUAGCAAUUAUUUCAGCCAGACCCUUUCUAGAAAUUUCAAGACACAAAUUCCAAAACACCAACACAACAACAAUACACAACAACAAAUACGAACACAACAACAACCAUUACUCCAACAACAACAACAACAGUCCGUACAGCAACAGCAAUCCGUAGCACAGCAACAACAACAUCAACAACAACUACAACAGAAACAACAGUAUUCCAUUAAGAAAUCGUCCUCGUGCAGUAGUUUCCUUUACGACAUCUUAUUUCGAGGCUUGGCCCGGGACAUCAACAGUUUGACGCAGCGUUACGACUCGGAAACAGAUCCAACCGCCGAUCCUGAUACCGAUGCCACCGGCGACAGCCUGGAGCAGAGCCUGAGCCAAGUGGCCGUCGCCUCGCCGGCCAGCAACAAGAUGCAACACUCGCUUCACGGAGGCGGAGGAGGCAUUGGUCCACGAUCGUCGCAGCAGCACAGCUCCUUCAAGCGUCCAACUCCGGCGCCCGUGAUGGGCAAUCGGGGUCUGGAGACCCGCCAGAGCAAACGCUCCCAGCAGGGGCUACCAACGCCACCGUCACCGGCACCAGCCCAUCCACAUCCACAUGGGGCCAGCAAUAAUGGCAGUGCUCACCCCAUCACCGUGGGCUCCCUGGAUGUGAUGAAUGUGAAGAGAGUGGUGAAUCGCUAUGGAACCCUGCCCAAAGUGCAAAGGAUCGGAGCCUAUCUGGAUAGCUUGGAAGAUAGCAGUGAGCCUGCAGCUCCGGCAGUUGCUCCGGUUACUCCCACGCCGGCCAACGGUCAUGCCACACCACCUUCAAGCCGGGUUAAUCCCAAGGUCAGUCCAAUUCCGCCGCAACAAAUGAUCCGGAGCAACUCCUCGGGCGGUGUGACCAUGCAGAACAAUGCAGCGGCCAGCUUAAACAAGCUGCAGCGCCACCGCACCACCACCGAGGGCACCAUGAUGACGUUCUCCUCUUUCCGUGCCGGCGGCUCCAGCAGUUCACCCAAAAGGAGUGGUUCCGGAGUUGCCAGCAACGUUCAGCCAGCUUUGGCCAAUCUAGAGUUUCCUCCUCCACCGCUGGAUUUGCCGCCGCCGCCCGAGGAAUUUGAGGGCGGGGCUCCACCACCGCCACCGCCGGCGGCCGAGAGUGCCGUGCAGGCAAUCCAGCAGCAUCUGCAUGCCCAGCUUCAACCAAACAAUGGGAAUCUCAAUGGGAAUAGCAAUGGCAACAAUAACAACGACAGCAGCCACAACGAUGUGAGCAAUACGGCGCCAAGUGUAGAGGAGGCCAGCUCCCGGUUUGGAGUGUCUCUAAGAAAGCGAGAACCAUCCACAGACUCGUGCAGUUCGCUGGGCAGUCCGCCAGAGGAUCUCAAGGAGAAGCUCAUAACCGAAAUCAAGGCAGCCGGCAAGGAAAGUGCUGCUCCUCUAGCAAAUGGCUGCAGUUCCGGUAUCACAGCUGUGGAUCCCGUCUCCCUGCUGGUCACAGAGCUAGCCGAGAGCAUGAAUCUCCCCAAGCAGCAGCAGCAGAAGCUAACCAAUGGCAAUGGUCAAACCGGUGGCUUUAAGCCGCAGCUCAAGAAAGUUGAAACCAAAAAGAUGAGCCCGCCCACGGCCAAGGCGGAGCCAGCCAGCAAUAUCAUUGACUUCAAGGCCCAUCUGCGUCGCGUGGACAAGGAGAAGGAGCCGCCGGCGCCAGCACAACCAGCUCCAAAUGCGGCCAACAAUGCCAACAACUGCAACGCCUCCACGGGCACGCUCAAUCGGAAGGAUGACAAUAACAAGAAGUAUGCCCAGGCCAUGCAAAAGACUGAAAUCAAAAUCGACGUGACCAACUCGAAUGUGACGGAGGCGGAAACGUCAGCGGCGGCGGGCGAGGGCGAUCUCGGCAAGCGACGAAGCACAGGUAGUAUUAAUAGCUUAAAAAAACUAUGGGAGCAGCAGCCGCCGGCGCCGGACUAUGCCAGCAGCUCGAUCCUUCAGCAGCAGCCGUCGUCGGUGGUCAAUGGCGGCGGCACUUCUAGCUCCCAGCUAUCACCCAAAUAUGGGAUGAUGAAGGCCACUACUACUACUACUGGCACUGCCAAGCCAGGCAACAGGCCACCGCCGGCUGCCCCUCCACCACCGCCCCCGAACUGCACCACCUCCUCCAUAGCAACCACUACCACCAUUACCACCACUACCACCAGUAGCACCUCCAGUAGAGACAGGCACCAGGCCGGCGGCAGCAGCACAACAAUAAAAACCUCUCAUUCAACGCAACUCUUCACAGAUGACGAGGAGCAACCGCACCACGAGGGUUCCUCAACUGGCGGCACCGGCGUUGGAGCCCCGGACAUGACCCAAUCGCUGUAUGAGCACAAGCCACAGAUCCAGCAGAAGCCGGCGGUGCCGCACAAGCCCACCAAGCUGACGAUCUACGCCACACCCAUUGGCAAGCUUGCCGAGCCAACUGGCUCCGGUUCGACGUCCACGCAGAUCUCCAGGGAGAGCAUCUUGGAAUUGGUAGGACUCCUAGAGGGUUCGCUCAAGCAUCCGGUGAAUGCCAUCGCCGGCUCCCAGUGGCUGCAGCUGAGCGACAAGCUCAACAUCUUGCAGAACUCGUGCGUUAUCUUUGCGGAGAAUGGAGCCAUGGCGCCGCACUCGAAGUUCCAGUUCCGGGAGUUGGUCACCCGCGUGGAGGCACAGUCGCAGCACUUGCGCUCCGCCGGCAGCAAGAAUGUCCAGGACAACGAACGCCUGGUGGCCGAGGUGGGCCAGUCGCUGCGCCAGAUCUCCAAUGCCCUCAACAGGUAAAUGAUAAGACGGGGGAUGGACGCGCCCGAU